CCUGGGGUGUUAGAAAUCCUCCAUGUCCUGCUUUGUGACCCCAGUGGUCAACUACCCCUCCAUUGCAGCUGCCAGAGAGCAAGCGGAGCCUGGCUUGUGUGAGAGCUGAGUACGGGGUACCCUCCAGAACUCAGGAGUGGGGAGCUCACAGCCUGUCUUCGUCUGCCUCCAGGGGAUGCCUCUCUGUCUGUGGCUCUAGUGUGCCUGCACGUGGUACCUCCCUAGCAGGCAAGGCUGUCUCAUUGUGCCUGCCAGUGCCUGUGUACCUGUAUGCAUGUGCACCCAUGCUCAUGCAUUUGGCUCUGUAACCACGGAUGGGGCUGCUUGGGUGAAGCUGUGCCCAGGUGAGCAUCAGGGUGUGCUUGUAGCUGAGCAUGGCUGUGUCUGUGUGGAUGACUGUGCUUUGUGUCUGUGUAUGGUUGAAUUAUAGGAGUGUGUGAGGCUGGCUAACAGCAUCUCUGUGGGGGCUUUGUCCAUAUACAGCUGUGUGUGGCGGUGCCUGUACAGCUGUGUGUAUGGUGAUGUUCAUGAUGUUCAUGUAAAAAGCUAUGUGUUUUGCUAUGUGUCUGCGUAUAAAGGCUAUGGGGCUCUGUGCAGCUGUGUAUCCAUGAUUAUGGCUGUGCACGUGUGGCCAUGUCUUGGUCUACAGCUAUCUGUGGCAUGUCUAUGUGAGCAGCUGUAUAUAUGUGGCUGUGUCCACAUGUGCAGUGGUGUGUAGGCAUGUUCAUAGGGGCAAGGGUUUGCCCAUUUGUAUUAUGGCUGUUUGCAAGUAUAGCUGUGUGUGGUUGCAUGUUUAUGUGUGCUAUAUAUGUGGCUAUGUCUACAUGUACAACUGUGUGUAAGGCUGAGUGUUACGUCCUCAUCUGUGUGCACAGCUGGGAGUGGUGGCUGUCUAGCUGUGUGUAACUGCAUGUCCAGGUGCUGUGAUUGUGCAGCUUGUUUGCUGCAGGCCACAUCAUGGGCUUUUUGGGCUGGUGCUGUACAUAGCCAUAUCUGUGUAUACAGCCCCAUGCCUUUUGUGAGGCUGAUGUGUUGAGCGGGCUGGGAGUGUGGCUAGUGGGAGUGUGGCUGGGAGGAGUGUGUGACUCCUCACCUCAGCGCCCUCCUGCUGUCAACCCCUCCUCUACAGAGGCCUGGCCCAUCGCUCACCUACCCCAGGGAGUGGUUGCUCUGAGGCAGCCAGAGAGGGUGAGAGCAGCCGGUGGCAGAGUUGGAGGUGGAAGACAGCAUGUCUGUCUCUCGCUACCACCUUGUCUCCUGUUAGUGAUGGGGCUUGUGUUUAUUUGGGUUUGAUGUGUCUGUUUUGUUUCAAAACUGUAUUCUUUCCACAGCAGUGGGACACUGGGUUUCUGUGUCCAGGAAAAAUACUUGUCCUUGGUGAUCAUCCCUGCCCCCCCUACGGACUGCCACUUGCAUAUGUGGGGGUGUGUCCCUGAGGGGUCUGGGCUUGGCAUGUUCUUUAUCAUGUAUCUGAGCUGGCCUUGCUUCCACCGACACCUGUGGAGGAAAGGGCAGUGUCAGGGGAAUGUGUGUAGGGAUGCCAUGCCCCUUGGCACUUGUUAGUAUGUGUACAUGUUAGGGCAGAUAGCACAGGCCCUUUAAUCCCCAUUCCUUCAGCACAGUCUGGCACUACAGCUUACCCACUACCCUCUAACCAGGGGUGUCCUUCCCCAUACUGCUGUGGGAGGGAAGAGUCAAGAGCAUCUUCUCAGAGCUGUCCUCCCUCUGCUUGGGCUCCAGCUUUCACUCCCUCCUACGCAGCAGCCAAUUCCAGAAGUCUUUCCCCAGGCCCCUCCCCUUCCAAAUCCCCCUGCCAUCCAUAACACUCCCUAAGGGUUGACCCUAGUACUUGGUUCUGCAGGUUGCUAUCUCCUUGCUUAAAUACCCUUUUUACAUGGGAGUAAAAAGGUGGCAGGUUUAAAGGGCAUCUGCAGGAAGGAAGGGGACCCCCACUCUCCUCUGACCUCUCCUUUCCCCAAUCUUUUCCUCCUAAUGAGGCUCCAGCUCAGGCCCCAGCUCUCAGAAGGGGCCGAGGACACAUGCCACCAGCUCAGGCCUGGGAUGUAGACCCAGCUGGUCAUUGGGUGGGGAGAAUAGACUCCACCUGUUUCCCACGUGCCCAUUUACCUAUUCCCCAGAGGUACCCCUUGAUGCUAGGGCCAGCUCCUCCACUCUGCAGUAGCACUAUGUGCACCUGUUGGGGCGCAGUGACCUUCCUCACACCUUGCCCCAUGGCAUUCCCCCUUCCCCCACCUGUACUCUGCAGGUGGUAGUCUGAUAAUGGGGCGGAGUGGGCCACCAAGCACUUGCUCCAGCACAGAGGGAGAGCGCUCGGAGAUUCAGCACCAGGAUGUGGACAGCUCCAGACCCAGAGGUCCCAAGAAGAGCUGGAGCGUGGAGGGUCCAGAGGCUGGCGGAGGCAGGGUUGGGAGCUGGAGACCUGGAGUCAGAGUCGGGAAGAAUGGAGGAGGGGCUGGGGGCGGGCCGGGGCCGGGGGCGGGGCGGGCCGCGAUUGAAAGCGGCUGGGCGAGCGAGCUGGCGGAGAGUGCAGAGCCAGCUAGCAAGCGAGCGAGCGAGCGGUAGCCAGAGCCCCGCGUCCCCCGCCCGCUCCACUCCGAUUCUCUCCGCGCCAGAGCCGAGCGCACCAGAUCCAGGUCUGCUGGACCCAUCCAUCCCCUCUGGGGCCAUGGGAUCGCUGCUUGGGCUCCUGGCACUGCUGCGACUGUGGGGUGCUGUGGCUGAGGGCCCAGCCAAGAAGGUGCUGACCAUGGAGGGAGACUUGGUGCUGGGUGGGCUGUUCCCAGUGCACCAGAAGGGUGGCCCGGCUGAGGACUGCGGUCCUGUCAAUGAGCACCGUGGCAUCCAGCGCCUGGAGGCCAUGCUUUUUGCACUGGACCACAUCAACCGUGACCCGCACCUGCUGCCUGGCGUGCGCCUGGGUGCGCAUAUCCUCGACAGUUGCUCCAAGGACACACACGCCCUGGAGCAGGCACUGGACUUUGUGCGUGCCUCACUUAGCCGUGGUGUCGAUGGCUCACGCCACAUCUGCCCCGAUGGCUCUUACGCCACCCAUGGUGAUGCUCCUACUGCCAUCACUGGUGUGAUUGGUGGCUCCUACAGUGAUGUCUCCAUCCAGGUGGCCAACCUCUUGCGGCUAUUUCAGAUCCCGCAGAUCAGCUAUGCCUCCACCAGUGCCAAGCUGAGUGACAAGUCACGCUAUGACUACUUUGCCCGCACAGUGCCCCCUGACUUCUUCCAAGCCAAGGCCAUGGCUGAGAUUCUCCGCUUCUUCAACUGGACCUAUGUGUCCACUGUGGCAUCUGAGGGUGACUAUGGUGAGACAGGCAUUGAGGCCUUUGAGCUAGAGGCUCGUGCCCGCAACAUCUGCGUGGCCACCUCGGAGAAAGUGGGCCGUGCCAUGAGCCGUGCGGCCUUUGAGGGCGUGGUGCGAGCCCUGUUGCAGAAGCCCAGUGCCCGCGUGGCUGUCCUGUUCACCCGUUCUGAGGAUGCCCGGGAGCUGCUUGCUGCCAGCCAGCGCCUCAAUGCCAGCUUCACCUGGGUAGCCAGUGAUGGCUGGGGGGCCCUGGAGAGUGUGGUGGCUGGCAGUGAGAGGGCUGCCGAGGGUGCCAUCACCAUCGAGCUGGCCUCUUACCCCAUCAGUGACUUUGCCUCCUACUUCCAGAGCCUGGACCCUUGGAACAACAGCCGUAACCCCUGGUUCCGUGAAUUCUGGGAGCAGAGGUUCCGCUGCAGCUUCCGGCAGCGAGACUGUGCAACCCACUCUCUACGGGCUGUGCCCUUUGAGCAGGAGUCCAAGAUCAUGUUUGUGGUCAAUGCAGUGUACGCCAUGGCCCAUGCGCUGCACAACAUGCACCGUGCCCUCUGCCCCAACACCACCUGGCUCUGUGACGCCAUGCGGCCAGUCAAUGGGCGCCGCCUCUACAAGGACUUUGUGCUCAACGUCAAGUUUGAUGCCCCCUUUCGUCCAGCUGACACCCACAACGAGGUUCGCUUUGACCGCUUUGGUGAUGGUAUUGGCCGCUACAACAUCUUCACCUAUCUACGUGCAGGCGGUGGGCGCUAUCGCUACCAGAAGGUGGGCUACUGGGCAGAAGGCUUGACUCUGGACACCAGCCUCAUCCCAUGGGCCUCACCCUCAGCCGGCCCCCUGCCUGCCUCUCGCUGCAGUGAGCCCUGUCUCCAGAAUGAGGUGAAGAGUGUGCAGCCGGGCGAGGUCUGCUGCUGGCUCUGCAUCCCGUGCCAGCCCUAUGAGUACCGAUUAGAUGAGUUCACCUGCGCCGAUUGUGGCCUGGGCUACUGGCCCAAUGCCAGCCUGACUGGCUGCUUCGAACUGCCCCAGGAGUACAUCCACUGGGGCGAUGCCUGGGCCGUGGGUCCUGUCACCAUCGCCUGCCUGGGUGCCUUGGCCACCCUCUUUGUGCUGGGUGUCUUCGUGCGGCACAAUGCCACACCAGUGGUCAAGGCCUCAGGUCGGGAGCUCUGCUACAUCCUGCUGGGUGGUGUUUUCCUCUGCUACUGCAUGACCUUCAUCUUCAUUGCCAAGCCAUCCACGGCAGUGUGUACCUUACGGCGUCUCGGUUUGGGCACUGCCUUCUCUGUCUGCUACUCAGCCCUGCUCACCAAGACCAACCGCAUUGCACGCAUCUUUGGUGGGGCCCGGGAGGGUGCCCAGCGGCCACGCUUCAUCAGUCCUGCCUCACAGGUGGCCAUCUGCCUGGCCCUUAUCUCGGGCCAGCUGCUUAUUGUGGUCGCCUGGCUGGUGGUGGAGGCGCCGGGCACAGGCAAGGAGACCGCUCCCGAACGGCGGGAGGUGGUGACGCUGCGUUGCAACCACCGCGAUGCAAGUAUGUUGGGCUCACUGGCCUACAACGUGCUUCUCAUCGCGCUCUGCACACUUUAUGCCUUCAAGACUCGCAAGUGCCCCGAAAACUUCAAUGAGGCCAAGUUCAUUGGCUUCACCAUGUACACCACCUGCAUCAUCUGGCUGGCAUUCCUGCCCAUCUUCUAUGUCACCUCCAGUGACUACCGGAUGAAGAAACAGAGACUCAGGGAGGUUCAAUCCCUUGCCCAAGGUCACUCAGCUUUGGAGUGCAGAGCAGGGUCUAAACUGCAGGAAAAUUGAGGCGAAAGCCCCUUUCCCAGGACAGAGGUGUGGUGGCACAGUGCUGGGGGCCAGGGGCUGCGGGUUUGGCUGCUCUGCUUGCACCUGCUGGGCCACCUGCUUGGGUGGAAGAGGCCAGGGCUGGGGAGGGACUCUGCUCUGACUCAGCCUGCAUUUGCAUAUGAUUUGCAUUUGCAUGCCAAUCAUAGGCAGCUAAGGACUUACCUGGGGCACACAACAUACCCACACGUGCAUGGACACACACACUUGUACACACACACUAGGCACGUGUAUGCAUGCACAUACACAUAUCCUACAUACACACAUUCCCCGGGCACAACUGGCACACAUACACACUUCUUCCUGCCAACAAACGAAUCCAUAGCCAUGCACCCUACACUCACAUACACUCACGCAGAUGCCUGCAGAAAUUCACCACCCCACAUACAUGCACCUACACAGAUACACACACACCUACAUGCAUGUACUCCAUACCUGCACCCCCCUCAAAUGCACACCCUCUUGUGCAUACACACACCCUUGCAUGUUCUCCCCUUCAGCUGGAACUCUGGUCUCCCUGGGAAAAUGGUCUGGAUCUGAUGCUGAGACUGUGCCCAACUUUUCUAGCAAUGCUUUGGGACCUGGCAAAUGGAUCAUAGCCCAGUGUUGGAUGCUUAAUCUCCCCCACUUCCUCCCCCAUAGCCCAGGCAGGGGGUCCUGGGGUUAGGCCCGGGUCUUGACCUGUGCCUGCCCACCCACUCA